UUUUACAAUUUUUCGCGAUUAAAAUCCACGGAUUAUCGAAAUCAUGCGAAAGCCCAAUUUAUUGUUCCGGAAAAAUUUUAGAUUCCAUUCAAAUGUCGAGAAUUUUCCCCGAUUCAAAAACCUUCAUCGAUCUGGCGAUGAUUAAUAAUCCGGAUUUGAUCGUAUCAAGUUUUGACAAAUCGUUUAAAAGUAACAAUUUAAACACCGAAGAUUUACAAUCGUUUGUAAAAAGAAACUUUUUAAUCGCCCACGAAACAAAACCAGCAAACCUAAACAGUUUCAAAUCAAAAUCGAUCAUCACACAAAACAUCACAAAUUUUGAAAUGCGAGAUUACGCGGAAGAUGUGAUUCGAUCGUUUUUAAAGUUAGGAAGAUUCAUUUCUGUGGAUGUUAGGAAUAACCCCGAAAAAUAUUCAACGAUAUUUCUCCCAAACGCUUUUAUUGUUUUGGAAGAGAAUAAAGAUGAAAUUACUUAUUUCGAGUCGUUUUGGAUAAUCCAAACUUUAUUAUCCUUGGAGGAGUUUGAUAUAGCGAGAGGAAUGUUGGAUAAUUUAAUUUUUAUGGUUAAACAAUUUGGGUAUAUUCCGCUUGGUAACCGAGUUUAUUAUUUAAAUCGGACACAUCCGCCUCUUUUAACGAAAUCGGCGAGGAUGUACGUCGAAAAAACCAAAGACAAAACGUGGUUAAAAAAUAACAUUAAAUACUUAGAUGAGGAACUAAAUUUUUGGUUAAACACUUUAAUCACUAUCUACGUUGAUUCCAUCGAUUACAUCGUAGCGGUUUAUCCACCAGGAGGAGUUGGCCCAAGACCCGAAUUUUAUUACGAAGACGUUAAAACAGCUUCAUCUCUCAAAAACAACACUGAAAAGCAAAAAUUAUACAAACAAUUAAGGAAAGCGUCUCAAUCCGGGUUUGAAUCACCCUCCCGAUGGAUUUUUAACAAUUCAAAGAAAAAAUCGUUAACAAAUGUAUCGCGAGUAGUCCCAGUUGAUUUAAACGCGUUCCUUUACGAGGCAUUUAACGAUUUAUCCAAACUUUAUAACCUUUUAAAAAUGAACAAACCUGAAAAAUAUUGGAAAGCUUUCGCUGUCAUUCUUAAAGAUGCAAUUACAAAUGUGUUUUACGACAAAAUCGAUGGUAUUUGGUACGAUUACGAUUUAAAGUUAAAAAUUAAAAGGAAAAAAUUUUUCGUUAGUGGGUUAACGCCGUUGUGGGCGAAGGCUUAUCCGCGCUCUUCGACUGAGGAAAAAAAUGUUUAUGGGGAAAAAGUUGUUAAAUUUUUAAAUAAAAUAAGGAAUACGUCGUCGUUUGAUUUCAAAUUUAUCCCAGCUCCGUAUCAAAGUAUUAUAAUCGAUGGGUUAAAAGAUACGUUAAACGAAAAAGCAGUUAUGAUGGCUGAAAAUUUAGCUAAAUCGUGGAUGUCGAAUAUUCAAACUGAUAAUACUUUGGGAAAAAAUGGGGAAUUUAUUCUUCAAAAAGGAAAUGAAUUGAAAAAUGUGGUCGUUUUGGAUUAUGUUAUUAAGAAAUCUUUAGCAGAAAGAAAAGAAUUAUCUAAUUUUGGCAACGCUUUAAUAACUUGCGAUGUUAAAGUUUUUAUUUUUAUUUUUCUUGUAAUACUUUUUGGAUAAAAUGUGAUUUUGUUUUAUAAUUUCAGUAUGCUUACUUAAAUAUAGCGACUUAUUGUUAGUAUAUCUUAAGACAGCA